UUGCACCGUUUACUGAAAGAAAUAUUAACAAUGAAGAUUCCAUGGCUAUUUUAUGGAACAUUUGGUUGCGCAUUUAUAUUACGGUCAGUGGUGAGCGAUGCACUUUGUCCGGACGCCUGGAUAGCUUACCACGAGUCCUGCUACCUGUUUGCUCAACAUGAGAAUACAUCCUUCACUGAGGCAGAGCAUUUUUGUGAGGCCCAUGGUGCAAACCUAGUAACCAUCGAUGAUGUUGAUGAAAACAACUUUGUGUUCAGUGUUGUGCUGGACCACCUAGUAGUACUUUGGUGGAUUGGACUAACAGACAGCAUCAUCGAGGGCGAGUGGAAAUGGAUACCAGGUGACCAAUCGCCAUCGUUUACAAACUGGGCUCAUGGUAAGAAGCAAGGACGUCAAUCAAAGACACCAACAUAUGUCUUGUCACUUUUGAUUCCUGGGGAAGAGGCCGGCUGUGAUUAG